CUCAAAAAUGUAAUAUUUAUAAUUCGCUCGAUUCGUAGUGUUACGAGAAGAAAGUCCGAUACAAUCUUCAUUUGAUGUUGUAAUGAUUCUGAUAAGACUUCUUGGAAUGGGCUGUUAAGAAUUACAAUUCGAUAAGAAAAUAGUACAUAGUUUCAUUCAAUAGCAACAUGUUCGUGCCUCGUGUUUUAGCGAAAUCUUUGAAUUUUUUAAAUAAGACUACAGUAUUGAGUUUAAUUGAUAGAAACAUAAGAUCAUUGCAUUCGACAACAGUUUUAUUCGGAGAGAAGAGGUUUACCGACAAGCAUGAGUGGGUGGAAGUUGAUGGAAAAAUAGGAACUAUUGGAAUAUCUAAAUAUGCCCAGGAAGCACUUGGAGAUGUUGUUUAUGCACAGUUGCCUGAUGUAAAUGUUGUUGUUAAACAAAAAGACGAAUGUGGAGCGCUGGAAAGUGUGAAAGCCGCUAGUGAAGUAUUCACCCCAGUAUCUGGUAAAAUAGUAGCUAAAAAUUCAGAAGUGGAAGAAACGCCUUCCCUCAUCAAUACAUCCUGUUAUGAUAAAGGUUGGCUGUUCAAAGUUGAAUUAUCUGAUGAGGCAGAAGUGCAGAAACUUAUGACUGAAGAACAAUAUAAAGAAUUCUUGAAGUCUGAUCAAGAUCAUUGAAACUGAAAUUCCACCCUAUAACAUUGAAUUUAUUUGUGAGGAAUUAUUUGUUACAUAAUUUAUAAUACAAUAAAUGUAAUAUAUAACUGUUAA